AUGACUAGUGUGUGCGCUGAGCAGCAGCACAAGUUCCACCCUUCCCACCAGCUCCUCUCAUUCAAGAAGUCUCUCCACAACACUACCAUUGACAUCCCACCCAGAAAGCUCCUCACCCGCCGCACCCAAACCCAAGACUUCCCCUCCUCUCCUGAGAUGUACUCCUCCUGCUUCUCCACCGCCGACGAGGCCCUCCUCAGCAAGUUCCUCCCCUACAACGCCGCAGCUGACGACUCCGAUGAAGACGACGCUAACUCUUCCGAUCCCUACUCCUCCGACCACUUCCGCAUGUUCGAGUUCAAGGUCCGCCACUGCACCCGCAGCCGCAGCCACGACUGGACCGACUGCCCCUUCGCCCACCCAGGGGAGAAGGCCCGCCGCAGAGAUCCUCGCCGCUACCACUAUUCGGGCACCGUGUGCGCGGACUACCGCCGUGGGUCUUGCAGCCGCGGCGACAGCUGCGAGUUUGCUCACGGAGUGUUCGAGUGUUGGCUCCACCCGGCCAGGUACAGAACCGAGGCUUGCAAAGACGGGAAGCAGUGCAAGAGGAAGGUGUGCUUCUUCGCACACACGCCACGUCAGCUCCGGGUUUUGCCAGUUCAAUCUUCGGCAGAUCAUACGGCGGCCGGGCUCUCUCCCACUCCCAAGAAGAAGUACGGCCACCUGAGCAACUCCGUGGGCUCGCCGGGCUCGAACAAGUACUGCUGUCUCUUCUGUCACUCUGCCGUGACGACGUCGUCUCCAACUUCCACUCUGUUGGGUAUGUCCAAUUUGUCGCCGCCUCUGUCGCCAGCAGGUAACCACUGCUCGUCGGUGAACGGGUUUCAUAAUUCACCGGUUAUGUCUCGCUGUAGCGGGUUGGGGUUGGAUCAGAUGCAUGCAAGCCCGGGCGGAAUGAUGAGCUACAAGGAUGUGCUAGCUGAGCUGAUGAGCUCUUUGGAAGCCGUGAAAUUCAGUGAAGCUGCUGCUGCUUCACCUAUUAACCCAAAUCCGCCUCGGUGGGUUGAUGUUUCAUUCAAUUCUACUGAUGAUCUUGAUCAGCAACAACAGUUUAUUCUUUCGCCGUCUACUCCGAGUCCAAGCAGGCCGUUUGGAGGACGUGGGAUUAAUUUUUCGGAUGGGGAUGAAAAUGGCUCAUCGAGAAAAAGCAGCUUGUUGGGUUUUGAUGACAAUUAUUACAAGCCCAACAAUAUUAAUGAUGAGAUCAUCAAUGGAGGAGGAGGGUCUGGAUCUGGCUCCUCAGACCCUGAUCUUGGAUGGGUCAAUGAGCUCUUGAUGUAA